GGAAGCGACGUCCUUGAAACCCUCCUUGUCGUACCCGGUGCCCACAAUGCAGCCAUCAUCUCAUCAUGCGCCCCCGAGUACCCGUGCGCCUCCAAGUACGCAUACGCACGCUCCGAGCAUGUCUACCCAUCGACCACAGCAUGAUUCCCAUACGCGGCAUUCAAGCCUCCCCUUCCCUCAGAGUCCGCCUGGCUCUGGAUACCCUGUCGCAAUGGAUGUCGCAGUACCUCGUCGUCCAACGGCAGAUGGGGAGGACAAGAAGUUACCGCGUCUGCCUUCGCGAAAGGAGAGGAGGCCGUCGCUUAUAGAACAGAUCAAGCACCUGGGGACACCGGGGCCACGAAGAAGAGACUCCGAGUCCGGGAAGAAGGCAUAGACUCGUACGCGCUGUCAAACUGCUGGAUUAGACAGCUGGACAGUCGUCGUGACCACUGUCUGCGAUGUUCGCGAUCUUCACCCUGCCAGGCGCUGAGGGCAUGGGGCAAGUACGUUCCUUACUCAAACCCACACUACCACAUGGUCUUCUGCGCAGCGCUUGCAGCUUCUUCACCUGCACUUAGUUUUCCGCGCAUAGACUUUGGAACAGAACAUGAGUUUGUAUCGAAUACCAAGAGACGGU